GGGAAAUAGUUCCCAAAAUCUUCUAGAUCUUUGAAUUUAAUUCCAAAAUUUUAUGUUCUCCAUACAUUUUAGAGUUCCCUCCUCAAAUUUUAGAAUCCUGUUCCUAGAUUUUUUGGCUCCCUCCUCAAUUUUCAGAAUCCAUUCUCAGAGUUCCUUUCAACGCCGCUCGUACUCUUCUCAGGUGAAAAGGAUGAAGAAGAGCAGUGAAGUCGUUCCUGUGAAGGAGGUGGCUGGAGAUAUUCAAGAACAUGUUGAGGACCUUGACGACCCUUCCACUAAUUCCAUUAUCUCUGAAGAGGCUAUCUCUUUGGAGGCUAAAGUUCCAGCUAUGGAAGAACAGAAGUCCAGUGCUCCAGACAAGGUGUUUGAUGAAAUGCCAAUUAAACCAAAGGUCAACUUUGUGGAACUUUUAUAAAAUAACAAAGACUAAAAGCUUGGUAUCCCCCUCUACAAAGGAGAUGAAGGACGCACUACAACAUCUUUGAUUGCAUCCAUCUUUUAUCAAAAGUUUGGCUAUACUUUCUCUAUCCUGGUGCUGUAAAAUUUGGUUACUUAAUCUCUAAAACUUUUAUAUUAAUCUGAGUCAAAUUUAUGAUAUUUAGCUAUUAUUCGUUC